AUGGCUUCAUCUUUCGUCAUCAAAACGCCCUGCUCCUCGGCCAACAUCGGCCCUGGAUUCGACGUGAUUGGCCUGGCUCUAUCUCUUCACCUGGAGCUUCGUGUCACGGUCGACUCCUCCCAAUCCUCGUCGCAACAUCCCCUCAACUGCGUGAUCACGUAUGACGACCAAAGUCAAAGUACUGAGAAGAUCAGCCUAGAUCCCGAGGUCAACCUGAUCACUCGAGUAGCUCUAUACGUACUUAGGUGUCAUGACCAACGGGCCUUCCCCGUGGAGACCAGUGUCCAUAUCGUAAACCCCAUCCCCCUGGGCCGUGGCCUCGGGUCAUCUGGCACGGCAGUGGUGGCUGGUGUGAUGCUGGGGAAUGAAGUAGGUCAACUGGGGCUAAGCAAGGACCGCUUGCUGGAUUAUUGUCUGAUGAUAGAACGUCACCCCGAUAACGUCGCCGCCUCGCUCUUCGGAGGCUUCGUCGGAACUUACCUGAACGAACUCAAGCCCGAGGAUGUGGCCCGCAAGGAAAUCCCGCUGAGCGAGGUGCUUCCCGCCCCGGCUGGCGGAGUCGAUACGGGGAAACAGCCCCCGGAGCCCCCGCUGGGCAUCGGCCAUUACAGAAAGUUCCCCUGGGCCAAGGAGAUCAAGACCAUCGCCAUCAUCCCCAACUUUGUCGUUCCCACCGCCAACGCCCGAAACGUUUUGCCAACGUCGUACUCGAGGGAAGACGUCGUCUUCAACCUCCAACGCGCAGCAUUGCUCCCCGCCGCCCUGGGCACCUCCCCGCCCGAUCCAGACAUGAUCUUCCUCGCCAUGCAAGACAAAGUGCACCAGCCCUACCGAAAGAACCUCAUCCCAGGCUUGACGGAAAUCCUCCAGUCCAUGACCCCCAAGACUCAACCCGGCCUGCUGGGCAUCUGCCUUUCGGGUGCUGGCCCGACUAUCUUGGCCCUGGCCACGGAUCGGUUCACCGAGAUUGCGGACCGCAUCAUCGCUGGGUUUGCGGCUAAUGAUAUCUCUUGCAAGUGGAAGCUGCUUGAGCCUGCCCAGGAAGGUACCGUCGUGCUGUAUUAG